UUCUAUGUAUUGACAUUGUGAAACAUGCAUAUCUUAAAUUAUAACACACAUAUAAGGACAACUUAGGUAUGAGCACUGUUACCUGGAGAGAUGUGAGAUGUUCUGUGUGAGAUGCUGGAUUAUGAAUUGACUUUAAACAAACUCAUAUCGUGUAAGGACGAACAUUUACUGGAGAGACAUGUUGCUAAUUAUGAUGUUUUACAAAAAAACAAAGUCAAAUGCGAAUUGGGUGGAUACAUAUAUUUUCAAGACCAACAUUUGGCUUUGAAUCUACGUUUAAAACCUAUGGCCCAUAAAAGGUAAUUUCCUCUCAUUGACCAAGCAAGUGGUUUGAAACACAAUGUCGCCUGUUGUAAAGAAAUAAUUUCCUCCACACACCCAUAUAGUUAGUGUGUUUCAAUGAAGGAAGUUAUAACAUCCUCACUUCCAAGCUUCACAGUCACAAGACACAUUCAGACGGUGUACACUGAGAUCCUGGGGAGGUGGAGCUCGGCCGCUAACAACAGUAAACAUACUGCUAUACUCAUUGCACCAACGUGUGUUUCUAACCAAGUGAUAUGGCACCGAUGACAAUUCUGUGCGUAGCGUGCAUACUGAUGUACACCCGUGCUGCCAAAUGCAAAGAAGACCAACACUGUUCAAAGUGUGACAGCACCACAGGGUAUUGCAACUCUGAGUGUGAACCUGGGUAUUUUGAUCAGAAGUGCAGUUCUAUUUGCAACGAAAAUUGUCGAAACAAGAAAUGUAAACUUUCAAUAAAUGGCAAUGAUAAUUGCACUGAGGGUUGUGUCCCAGGAUACCAAGGCCCGGGGUGUGGCAGGCCAUGUUACAACCCAGGAGGUGGCUGUACAGCAUGUCCAGGUGGGUGUGAUGGAGGAUAUUGUCAGGUGGGCUCCUCCUGUGUGUCUGGAUGUGUAGACUCCUACUAUGGGUCUGGCUGCAAGACAUGUCACAGAGGAUGUAAGACAUGCAACAGAAUAACAGGAACAUGCACGCAGUGUCAUCCUUCAUUUCCCGGUCCGAACUGUGAACAGGAGACGAACACUACCAGAGGUUGUGAAGGUGGUUGUGUACCUGGACAUGUAGACAGAGACUGCAAACAUUGUUCUGACAAAUGUCUCAAUAAGACCUGUCUACCAAAGAAAGAACCCUUUGAUAAACGAUGUAAUCCAGGAUUCUAUGGUGAACACUGCAACAAGGCAUGUGGUGUGUGUAUUGAUGGAGACUGUGAUCAGAUGACAGGGAUGUGCUUCAGAGGGUGUAACAUGACCACACUUGGAUGUGAACCUUCCUGUAGAGCCAACUGUACUUCAGCUGAAUGUGACAUUGACACAUGUCCACAUGAUGAAGAGAAGAGUGAUGAGCGGGAUCUCCAUCAGUCCAUCAACAUGGGGCUGCUGACAGUGUUGUGCCUCUUUGUGUUCUGCAUCCUGAUCACCGUUUGCGUCUGCUACUGCCGAAUUAUGGCCUCACAGCGAGAGAGUCCAGGCGAGGAGGCAGUUGAAUACCGAGAUGAACCGACCAGAGAGAGGCUAGCAUCCAUGUUUAUAAGAUCACAGCAUACAUACUGUGACGUAGACGAGAGUGACAUGCGGCCAGUGAUCGUCUUCCUGUAGAUGUUGACAGGGACACAGAGUAGACACUGUGACGUAGAGAAUGACAUGGAGCCAGUGAUUGUCUUCCUGUAGAUGUUGACAGGGACACAGAGUAGAGACUGUGGUGUAGAGAAUGACAUGGGGCCAGUGAUCGUCUUCCUGUAGAUGUUGACAGGGACACAGAGUAGACACUGUGACGUAGACGAGAGUGACAUGGGGCCAGUGAUCGUCUUCCUGUAGAUGUUGACAGGGACACAGAGUAGACAAUGUGAUGUAGAGAAUGACAUGGAGCCAGUGAUUGUCUUCCUGUAGAUGUUGACAGGGACACAGAGUAGACACUGUGACGUAGACGAGAGUGACAUGGAGCAAGUGAUUGUCUUCCUGUAGAUGUUGACAGGGACACAGAGUAGACACUGUGAUGUAGAGAAUGACAUGGAGCCAGUGAUUGUCUUCCUGUAGAUGUUGACAGGGACACAGAGUAGACACUGUGAUGUAGAGAAUGACAUGGAGCCAGUGAUUGUCUUCCUGUAGAUGUUGACAGGGACACAGAGUAGACACUGUGACGUAGAGAAUGACAUGGAGCCAGUGAUUGUCUUCCUGUAGAUGUUGACAGGGACACAGAAUAGACACUGUGAUGUAGACGAGAGUGACAUGGAGCAAGUGAUUGUCUUCCUGUAGAUGUUGACAGGGACACAGAGUAGACACUGUGAUGUAGACGAGAGUGACAUGGAGCAAGUGAUUGUCUUCCUGUAGAUGUUGACAGGGACACCGCGAGGAGACUCUGCGAUGUAGAUAAGGACACAGCAUAGGCGCCCUGAAUUUAGGGAGAAUGAUAUUUGUACAGAAUUAAUAUAUUCAUAAACGGUUUUGUCCUCUUAACUAUCACUAUCAACUGAACCUAAGCUUCAUGCCAUCGUUGUCAUGGCUCUUUUUUUACUCUGCUUUCACAUCUAGAAAUAAAAUAUAAUUAUUAUAUUGUUUUCGUUUCCAUGAAAACAGAAAUGCAUGUUAACACAUUUUACAUGCAUUUAUUGCUGAUGAAUGCUUUAACCGUCCCUGUUAAUCUAUGAACAUAUUACAAUUGAAAACCAUUCCUCUUAUUUCACUGCAACUAUUAGGAAUGAGAAACCGCGACAGAAACUAUUGUUGAUGGAAACAGAGAUUUUCAGCUGUGCGAGUCAUACUUGAGAGUAAGUUUCGUAAUGCUACAAUUGAGUGCUAAUAUCUCUAGUCU